AUGACAAUUCCGUUUUCUAUCCGUUUUUACCUUUAUCUUCCUCUUCUUAUUCCAUCCAUACCAUGUUCGAUCUUCGUUCUCUAUCAUUUUCUUACCAACCGAACGCUUCGUCGUGCUCUUAACAAUCAUGUCAUUAUUCUUAUUCUUUUUCUCGGUCUUCUCUACGAAUUAACCGAUGUUAUUUGGCUCAUACAUUAUUAUCGAGUUCGGACUACCUUAUUUCAAACAUCCACAUUCUGUCUCCUGUGGGUUUUCAUCGACGUUGGUAUAUUUGUCACAAUAACAAACUUAGUCGCAUGGGCAUCAAUUCAACGACAUAUUCUCAUUUUCCAUGACACAUGGGUAACAACAAAACGAGGUCGUUUAGUGUUUCAUUACAUACCUUCAUUCAUCUGUUUUCUUUAUCCCAUUAUGUUCUAUGCAUACGUUUUCUUUAUUUUUAAUUGUGAUCAACCACUCAACUAUAAUAUCAUUCGCUGUGGUUAUUCCUUCUGUGCUGAAUAUGAUCCAAUCAUUGGAAAGUUUGACGGCAUCUUUCCUGCUUUUUGUUCGUAUAUUAUUGCAAAAGCGGCGUUUGCGUCAACGCAUUCACUGGCGAAAUUAUCGCAAAAUGGCCGUUCAAAUAUUAUCCAUUUCUAG